AUGAGGGUUUUCAGCGUUACUUGGACUUAUGAUGGUAUCGUGGAGAUCGUUCAGCUGAUGUGUAUGGGCUUCGCCGGAAGGACUCUCGCCCGUCAGCAUGCGCUCGAUCGCCAUCAGAUGAUUCGAGAAGCAGAGAUAUCACUGCGAAAGAUUCAUAGUCUCGGUGUGCUUCAUAGCGAUCCCAUACCGGGGAAUAUGACCUGGAACGAGCAAGCCAGCUGUGUGAUGUUUAUCGACUUUGAGCGCUCGACGCUACAACCUCAACGCCAAAUGCCACUGGGUCUCACUUGCAAUGAAAAUCACAAACGGGAGGCUGGACCCUUGGAGAAGAGGCCGGACAAUCGUCUGGACUGUUUUGAGAGGGAGAAAAGGCGCAUGAUUAGUGAGCUAUGA